AUGAAGCGUGUCUUAAUUCCUCUUUUUAUGCAUGCACCUAAUGGUUGUUGUAUUUGUCAAUCUGGUCAUUCAUUCAGAGCAGACUGGUGUUUAGACCUUCACGGUUAUUUAUCUCGCGAAGAGUUCGCUGCUAGAAUUGAUCAAAUAAACAAUCAUGUCAAAGACGUUGAACUAAUGAGUUCAAAAACAAAGCGUGUAUUGUAUUUAACAGCUACCUUUGGUUUAAUUUUGUUAAUACUUAUCUUCUCUUUACUGUUUUUACCAUAUUUUGGCUUUUUCAUAGGCCUCAUCUUAUCUAGUAUAUUAUACUUUUUUGUAAAAUAUAUAAUUGAAAAAGAUGCUGCAGAACGAGCAAUAAGAUUUACCAACCUUUUAAAUGAAUUGUUCGCGCGAUACAAUGAAAAUGAAAAUCCUGCUGUUAAUUGGAAAUUUUGGUGGGUUACAUCCUUCGAAAAUUACAUUAGUGGUAAGGAUGGGAGAGCUUUUGGAAAUGGCCAUAUAAACGUGUUAAACAUUAGCUACUGCUUCUGUCUUAAAAUCAAGCUUGCUACUUUAUUUGUUGAUAAUGCAUUGAUUAUACUUGAAAUCAAUGACGCUCUCUCUGAUCUUACCGCCAACACAGUUCGUGUAAAUAUUACGCCUGAAGCUGACCUUCCUACCAAUACUACUCAUGUUAUUAAUAUGAAAUAUGAUUAG